GCUCAAAUCAUCAUCUUCUUCUUCUUCUUAAUCAGAUUUGUUGUGAGAGAUUGGGAAAAGUAAGGUAAAUGGCAAUUGCAGCCCUAAAAACGAGUUGUUUUCUUAGACAAUCAAAGGGAACUGAAGAGAAUUUAUUUGUUCGUUUUCAGAUUCAGAAGAAAUCAGUUGUUUCAAUUAAAUCUUCUUCUACUCCAGUAAUGGCUUCCCUUAGUGUUUCUUCACCUGCUACUAUUGGUUUAUCUGAAACAUUUGCUAAACUCAAAAAACAAGGCAAAGUGGCAUUUAUUCCUUACAUCACUGCUGGUGAUCCUGAUCUAUCAACAACUGCUGAAGCACUAAAAGUGCUUGAUUCAUGUGGCUCGGACAUUAUCGAGUUGGGAGUUCCAUAUUCUGACCCUUUGGCCGAUGGUCCUGUUAUUCAGGCUGCUGCUACACGUUCAUUAGCAAGGGGAACCAAUUUUGAUGCCAUCCUUUCCAUGCUAGAAGAGGUGGUUCCGCAAUUAUCUUGUCCAAUCGCUUUGUUCACUUAUUACAACCCUAUACUUAAGCGUGGUGUUGGGAAGUUCAUGACUACCAUAAAGGAUGUUGGUGUUCAUGGUCUUGUGGUUCCAGAUGUUCCUCUGGAGGAAACUGAAAUCUUGAGAAAAGAAGCUUUAAGCAACAACAUUGAACUGGUCCUGCUCACAACACCCACUACUCCGACCGAGAGAAUGAAAUCAAUCGUUGAUGCUUCAGAAGGAUUUGUUUAUCUUGUAAGCUCAAUUGGUGUUACUGGUGCUCGUUCAUCCGUCAGUUUGCGAGUUGAAUCACUGCUCCAGGAUAUCAAGAAGGCAUCCGGUAAACCUGUGGCUGUUGGCUUCGGAAUAUCGAAACCGGAGCACGUGAAACUGGUAGCUGGAUGGGGAGCAGAUGGUGUGAUUGUUGGCAGUGCUAUGGUAAAGAUAUUAGGAGAAGCUAAGUCACCAGAGGAAGGUUUGAAGGAACUAGAAGCCUUCACCAAAUCCCUUAAGGCGGCACUGCCUUAACAAUUUUUUAUUGAUUUGCAAACGUCUGUAGUUCUUGUUAAAAUCCACAAGAAGCUGAUGGAACAAAUAGCUUUGAAGUUGAAGAGAAGAUGUGUAAUCCGACAGUUUAAAUAUUAAUAAAAUUCUUUCGUGAUUUUGACAA